AUGGUCAAUGACAGCAAAGCGACCAGGAUUGUGGUGACGGCGGGCGGCGCGACACGAAACCGGUCUCGAUCGACACUGGACAUCGUGAACGCUCGCUUCGGGCAAAACUGGGUCGCGUCGCACUUGCUCGAGGCCCUGGCGACACGUCUCAUUACCAUCACAACCGGUGUUCAAUUCAGGCCGCCAUCGUCCACCAACCUGGUGCUAACUAAGGUGGUCACUAAUACAGUGAACAGUCCACUGUCCAGCUUAAUCGAUCUGCGGAUCAUCACAAUCAAUCAAUUGUGUCAUUGCGGCGCCCAUGGGUCGCUCGUAGAUGAAACCGUUUCAGAUGGCCGGCCUGUCGGCCGGCAGAAUACCGUAAUUACUUAA